GUUUUCGUUUCAGACGCGUCUUCCUAUUGCUUUGAAACUCUUCUAUUCGUUUUUGUUUCGAAGAUCCGGACUGCAGUUUGUCUGUCUUCCCUUUUCUUUUGUCGUAUUGGUGAAUUGAAUUGAAACAGAGCUCACUUCGAUUGAAGCUAUGUCAUACGCUUACCUUUUCAAGUACAUCAUCAUCGGCGAUACUGGAGUUGGGAAGUCAUGUCUUCUCCUCCAGUUCACCGACAAGCGUUUCCAGCCUGUGCAUGACCUAACUAUUGGUGUUGAAUUUGGGGCCAGGAUGAUCACCAUCGACAACAAACCUAUCAAGCUUCAAAUAUGGGACACGGCGGGCCAAGAGUCUUUCAGAUCUAUUACGAGGUCCUACUAUCGAGGGGCUGCUGGUGCAUUGCUUGUCUAUGAUAUUACCAGGAGGGAAACUUUUAAUCACUUGGCUAGCUGGCUGGAGGAUGCAAGGCAGCAUGCUAAUUCAAACAUGACAAUCAUGCUUAUUGGCAAUAAGUGCGACCUUGCUCAUAGAAGGGCUGUCAGCACAGAGGAAGGGGAGCAGUUUGCAAAGGAGCAUGGGUUGAUCUUUAUGGAGGCUUCUGCUAAAACUGCUCAGAAUGUAGAGGAGGCAUUUAUAAAGACAGCUGCAACGAUAUACAAGAAGAUUCAGGAUGGAGUAUUUGAUGUAUCAAAUGAGUCCUAUGGAAUAAAAGUUGGAUAUGGUGGAAUCCCAGGUCCAUCUGGAGGCAGAGAUGGCUCUUCUUCUCAAGCCGGAGGCUGCUGCAAUUGAAGUCCCUUACCAUUUCCUUCACUAUUUUGGAUGCAGCUGUCUACUUCUCAACCAUCUUUAUUAUUUUUUUUAAAUUUCUUUUCUGGGUUCUGAGAAUUUAUGACUUUGCUUUGUAUAUGUAAAAGCCUUCAGGAUUUGGCAUACUUGUGUAAUUGCUUCAUAUGUCCUCAAUUUGUCUGUAAAUUAUACUGGCGUUCCCCUCUCACUCUUGUUUUAGUUGCACUUGAAGAAAAACUGCAAUUGUGCUAAUGGGAGUGGCUAGUGAUUUGCUCUUCAUGUAUUUCUCUAUAUGAGAUUGCUGUUUAUAUAUCUACUUAUUUGCUAGGAAAA